UGCCCUAUACAUAGACCACUUCGCAUCCUUUCUUCGACGAUGCCACUUUAGUAAGGGAUUCGCUACCGCAAAUGCAGAUAUAGUGACAAUCAUUGGUCAAUACCCUCUGCUUUCAGACAUUGCUAUCGCAAUCGGAGCCUUGGAUGCCGGUAGGAGAGGCUCUGUCAGGUCGUUUGGCGAGCUGGGGUCUCCUAGGCAGAUUGCUUUCCGGGCUUGCGGUAGGUCAUUACAAAAUCUGCACUCGGCGAUUUCGACGGAAAGUCCAGUCUUUAGAGAGGACAUAUUCUGGUGCACAUUUCUCCAUGGUCUUUUUGAGGUAUCUCGUUCGCAAACCACAUGGUUUUCGGUACAGCCAGAAUACUACUCCUAUUGUACUACUCCUAUUGGAGCCUAAAAGACUGCUUUCAUUAUCCACGCGGAGUUUGGUUGAUGCGUAUUGGAUUCUCGAAACCAAUAGAGCCAUUCUGUUUGGUGACAGCAUCACCCCUGAUCCAGACAAAUAUAUGUUGAGUUCGACGCGAGAGAACUGGCCAAAUUCCACGAAGAAAAUCCUCAUGCUUAUGAUACAGACUUCCAACUUUGCGAACAGGCUAUUCGACGAGAUUGAAAGCAUCCCUCAAGAAUUGAGAGCCCUUGAUCCCAGAUUAGACGCUCUUGCGCAUGAAGGACUCGAGAUCAAAGAAAGGUUUCUCGAUUGGCAAGCAGAAAGUCAGUCAGAAGAAUUACCGAUGGGGCCAUUUACCAAAUUGGCUAUCAUCAUUUAUCAUGCCCUGCUUCUAUAUCAUUGCGGAAACUUUGCCUAUUAUCCAUGCUGGAUGGCAAGGAUGAUCCCUCAACUUACUCAGAGUGAAGUCGACAAACAUGUCGCCGCAAUUUUGGAUUUGUCUCAAACCCUUCUCUCGGAUACUGAUAUCCCGGCGGUUCUUUUAUUGUUUCCUCUGCGGAUGGCCGGAACCCACGUCCUUGAGAGCCAUGGACAGAAUAGAGUCUUGGGCGCUAUUCGCCAGAUACGACAAAAAGGCUUCGUCGUUUCAGAUAGAAUUGAGCUCGAUUUGCAGGAGUUUUGGCAUUACAAGUUGAGUAUUCUGGCGGAAGCAAAUGAAAUGCGUGUUUAGGUUGUCCAGCAGUUUGAGAGGGGAAGGAAGGGUUGGUAGGACUGCGCCGGAAAAGGAGCAGCGGUGAAAGCUAUCAGCAACAGAA